AUGGGUAAUGUGAACGAGGAAGAAAAUCAAAGGCAGGUUCCUCCAACAAGUGCUUGCAGACUGAGGACUGGGUCUUCUGAUUCCAUAUCGAGUAAUGGUAGGUUAUCAUUCUUCUUUGCUCUAAUCAUCGUGAAUGAUACUGAAUUGAGAUCGUUGUUCACUAACCCAAUUCCCCCUCCUUCUAAGACCUUUGAUUCAGAGAGUCAGUCAAACAAUGCGCAGCGGCAUGGUUUCUUUCGUUUGUUGAAGAAAGGACCCAAAAUGCGUUUCCAACCCAUUCUUUCAGUCAACAGUGUUCCAAAACUCACCAGAAGAAAUAGUAAGAGAUACAGGGAGAACCAGGUCCCACCUCUAAAUUCACCACUAAAUAAUCCAGCUCUCAAGACAAUUUUGGACACUGAAUUGUUCUGCUUUAAAGCUUCAUGGAAAAAUUUCUCUUAUGCAGAGAUUGUGGCUGCGACAAACAACUUUAGCCAUGAAAAAGUGAUUGGUCAAGGAGGUUAUGCUGUGGUUUACAAAGGCAAAAUGGAAGAUGGGCAGUUUGUUGCAAUCAAGCAGCUCACAAGAGGAACUCUAGAAGAAAUGACUGCAGAUUUCUUGUCUGAGCUUGGAAUUAUAGUGCACGUGAACCAUCCCAAUAUUGCCAGAUUGAUUGGAUACGGUGUUGAAGGAGGAAUGUUUCUUGUUCUUCAGUUGUCUCCACAUGGCAGCUUAGCAUCCAUACUUAUGGUUUUGAUUUCAGGACCUCGAGAGAAACUAGAUUGGAGCUUUAGAUGUAAGAUUGCUUUUGGGACUGCUGAUGGCCUUCGCUGUCUGCAUGAGGAAUGCCAAAGAAGGAUAAUUCACAGAGAUAUCAAGUCUUCUAAUAUUUUGCUCUCAGAGGACUUUGAAGCAAUGAUAUCUGAUUUUGGGCUAUCGAAGUGGCUACCCGACCAAUGGACUCACCACACAAUCUCCAAAAUUGAAGGCACGUUCGGCUACCUCCCUCCAGAAUUCUUCAUGUAUGGUUUGGUAGACGAAAAGACUGAUGUCUAUGCUUAUGGAGUGCUAUUAUUGGAGCUCAUUACUGGACGACAAGCUUUGGAUAGGUCACAGAAAAGUUUGGUGAUGUGGGCAAAACCUUUGCUAUCUACAAAUAACAUUAAAGAGCUCGUCGAUCCAUGUCUGAAUGGUGCAUACGAUGAAGAACAAAUGAAACUUGUAGUCUUAGUAGCUUCACUGUGUGUUGAUCAAUCUUCAGCUGAACGACCAAACAUGAGCCAGGCAAUAAAGAUUCUAAAAGGAGAAGACGACAGCUUGGAGCUCAUGAAAGCACGCCAGAAGUCCAAAAUUCAAAGGACGUGCUCUGAAGAACUGUUAGACGCAGAGGAGUACGACUCAGCCAAGACUUUGAAUGCUGAGGAUCCACAUAUGGAGACUCUUCAAGGAAACUGUAACUCUAAUGAUGAGGAAAAGCAGCAACAACAACAACAUUCACAUCUAUAGCAAGGGCUUUGAUUCAAGAAACUGGUUCUGAGGCAGCCAUUUUAGAAGUAGAAUGAGCAUGAGGUGACUCCACUGUCCGCCAUAAUAGGUUGAAUAAUGAAUAUGGUGAUGUCUGUACAGAAAAGGAGGACGAAGAGGCAGAGCAGAACCUCGUAAACAUUUUUGUCCGUAUUGAAUAUAUGUGAUCAAUAACCAUUAUGGGUAUGACGAUAAGGAGGCCAUUGAAUGUGGAGAAAUUAACUUAAGUUCAUAUUAGCUUUGCGACAACUUUUCCCUCAUCAGUUAUGCAAUAAUAUAAGAGUUUCGUGAAAUAGCAUUGCUUUUUCUUUUUUAUUUAA